UUAUAGGUGGUGCGCUUACUGAUAAAUUUGGUGGUAGGAUAGUAUUAGGCAUAGGAGUUGGUGAAGGUGCAGCUUUUCCAUGUAUUCAAUCUUUAAUCACAAAAUGGUUUCCACCUGAAGAACGAUCUAGAGCUGUUUCAAUAAUAUGUGUUUCUAAUUUUAUCGGUAUGGUAAUUGCUAUGCCAAUUUCAAAUAUAUUGGGUUCUAGUCGGUUUGGCUGGGAAAGUAUUUUUUGGGUAUUUGGAACUGUUGGUUCUAUUUGGUCCAUUAUUUGGCAUUUUUAUGGAAAAAGUGAUCCUAGAGACUAUUCAGGAAUCAGCAAAGAAGAAUUAGAUUGGAUUUUGGAAAGUAAAUCAAAUUCUUAUUCCGAGGAUAAUUUUGGACAUUAUCAAUCAGGAUCCAGAGAAUAUAUUACGAUUACUGAUGAUGAUCGUGGGGUUCUUCAAAACGAAAAUGAUUCGUUAUUGCCAAAGAAUCAAAUUUCAUCAAGGCCACGUUAUAUAAAUAAAAUUCCUUGGAAAUUAAUACUUUCUCGCCGUGAAGUGUGGGCAAUUUUACUUGGUCAAUUUUGUAAUUCCUGGGGCUUUUUUAUUCUUCUUAGUUGGUUACCAAUAUUUUAUUAUGAAUAUUUUCAUGUAGACAUUAAUUUAAUUGGAUAUUAUACUGCCUUACCUUAUUUUUUAUACAUCAUAAUGGGAUUUACAUCCGGCUAUAUUUGUGAUUAUGCGAUUUAUCGAUUAAAAAUUAGUGUUUUAACUGUACGAAAGUCUGUUAAUCUAAUUGGAACCCUUGGAAUAUCAAUAUCCCUUUUAAUUGUAACGUAUCUUGCAAAAACUUCGCUUCAAGGAUUAUUAAUAAUAUCAAUUGGAUUUGCACUAUAUUCAUUCCAAGUCUCGAGUGUAAAUAUGGAUAUUGCACCAAAAUAUGCGGGUUUAAUAUAUGGCUUAGGAAAUACUUGUGCGGUAAUCCCAGCUUUUUUUGGUGUAGCAUUAACAGGUUGGAUAUUAGAAAUUACUGGUAAUGAUUGGAGUAUUAUUUGGUCUCUGUGUUCUUUGUUUUAUAUUUUUGGAACGUCAUUUUUUGUUUGCUUGGCUGGUGGAGAGUGUGGAGUAGAAAUGAUUGUUAAUGAAAGAAAUGAAUGGAAGAGAAGGAAGGCGUGGAU